AGCUUUGUAUGAACGAGCAAAGCAGGAUGUGAAUUUAUGGCAACCCACUGUCGAUAUGAAUAGAAAGGUUUGGAAAUACCCCAAUUCCUAGUCCGACCAAGUUGUGUACCCUCUGGAACACGUGAUCCCCAGAAAUGAGAGGAUUGACCCCUACAAGGCACUAUGUCGGACUGAGGACUGUGAAAUGGAGAGGGAAAUCCAAUCAGUGCUUUCAGCUAACAAAAAUACAGUCAAAUCAGCUUUGACUCUCACAAAAAAUGAAAGAAAGGUCCUAAAGGCAAUGGAUGUUGAAAGCGCUCGAAAAAUGCAGUCAGAAUUGGCCCGUCUUCGGUCACUUCAAGCAAAAUAUGAAAAGAAGGCGAAAUGGGCCAAGAAAAUCAAAAGUAAAAGUUACCGCCGCAUUACUCGGCACGAGAAGAGGAAGAAAGAUGAGAGGACCCUGGGAAACCUCAAGGAACAGGACCCUGAGGAGUUUUCCCGACGUGUUCUCCAACUCCGAACUGACCGAAUGAAGGAAAGAAUGAGUUUGAAGCACUCGGCGUCCACAAAAUAUGCACAUAACCAAAAAAUGUAUGCCAAAUACAACGAAAGUGUAUGUGAAAUAUUAAUUUGGAGGAGUAGUCUCAAGUUGGGGGACUUUAGUGUGGAGACUGGGAUGUCCGUGUGUCCCAAUGAGCAGCCAAACUUUGAGGAUAUUGCUGGGAAUGUGACAUAUGGAGUCGAUGUGGUCGGGGAGUUCAAGGAUGAGAAGCAGAAAGUUGUUGAAGACGAGAAAGAAAGAGAUUUGGAGGCUUUUCUUCCUGGGUGGAAUUCGUGGGCUGGCCCUGGAAUUAAGAAAAAUAAAAAACGUGAGUCUCAGUAUACUGUGAAAGCGCGGGAAAAUCCUCGCCGUGAUUCUGGACACGUUCCCUUCCCGUUUUUGAGUGUUGCCCAGUUUGAGGCGAGUUUGAGGACUCCGAUUGACCGAACGUGGGUGCCGGAGAGUGCAUUUAGGAAAAUGAUCAAAUCGAGGGUUGUCACUAAAUCGGGAACCAUCAUCCAGCCCAUUUGCAAGAAAGCUGUCAGACCUAAUCGAACGUGA